AUGUCGUGGUUCUUCGGUUCCUCCAAGGAUAAUAGCACACCUGCCCCAGUACCGGCCCCGGCACCGCCCGCCCAAUCCGACAAGCCCAAGCCUUGCUGUGUCUGCAAGGAUGAGAAGACCCUCCGUGAUGACUGCAUGCUAUUCUCCAAGUCCGAUGAUCCUACCAAGGAGUGCAAGUCGACAAUUGAGCAGUACAAGGCCUGUAUGGCUACCUAUGGGUUCAAGGUCUAA